UCGCAGUGGGAGCGGAGGCAGUCGAAGAGGAAAUUCGCAAACCGUUGGAGUCUCUCCCAUAGUUUGUGCUUGGAUACAGUCAUUGCCCAACAUUUAUUUUAAAUAAAGCAGGGGCUAAUAUGGCGACGUUGGGACCAGACCCUCGUCCCCAUUCCCAGCUCGCUUCUGCCUCGAUACAAAGUAACAUCAGUGGCAAUAACCUGCCUCCCAACCGCGGCUUGGAAAGAGCGUUGGAAGAAGGAGCGAACUCCGGGUUUUUGAACCUCAGCGCCAGGAAACUCAAAGAAUACCCCAGGACAGCAUCUAACUACGACUUAUCAGAUACGGUGGAAGCAGACCUGUCGAGGAAUCGUUUGGCGGAGGUCCCCUUAGAGGUGUGUCACCUGGUUGCCUUGGAAAUGCUGAACCUCUAUCACAACUGUAUCAAGACAAUUCCUGACACCAUCAUCAACCUACAGUCACUCACCUCCUUAAACCUCAGUCGUAACCAGCUGUGUGCUCUGCCAGCCUCCCUAUGUGGGUUACCCCUACGAGUCCUCAUUGCCAGCAACAACAAACUGGUGUGUAUACCUGAGGCCAUCGGACAGCUCAGGAGCCUCAUGGAGCUGGAUGUGAGCUGUAAUGAGAUCACUGCUCUGCCCCGUCACAUUGGCCGACUCAAGGCCCUCCGAGAACUCAACGUCCGCAGGAACUUGCUCUGUGUCCUACCUGAAGACUUGGCGGAGCUUCCCCUGGUGAAGUUUGAUUUCUCCUGUAACAAGGUGUCCACCAUCCCAGUGUGCUACAGGAAAAUGUCCCAGCUUCAGUCACUACAGCUGGAGAACAACCCCCUACAGAGCCCACCUGCACAGAUCUGCAUAAAGGGAAAAGUUCACGUAUUUAAGUACCUGAGCAUCGAGGCGUGUCGGAGUGACAAGAUGCCUGACUCUCUCUACCUGCCUGUCAUGGAGCGUCUCAGCCUAUCACGCCCCACCACUGGCAGCACGGAGGACAUUGACCAGAAUAAGAAACAGGACACUGACUCAGGAGUUGGCAGUGACAACGGGGACAAGAGACUGUCUGCCACCGAGCCCUCAGACGAGGACAGCUUGAGUCUCAAUGUCCCCAUGUCCCACAUCACAGAGGAGGAGGGGCUAAGCAAAGACGACUCCAGCGAACACAUCAGCGCCCUCACAGCGGACGGGGUGCGACUGAUAGAGGAGAGCCCCACUGAGGCCCUGAAGGAACAGUUUGGCUACAGAGACUCUUCUGCUCUCAGCAACUGCUUUGUCAGCUACAUCAAGGGACGGGCGGCAGACUACGACGAGCCCCUCAGGAUAGAAGAAGAAACACACUGGGCCUCUGAACAGACGUCAAAGGUCACAGAAGGAACACACAUUGCCAUGAUCAACCAGCUGAAGGAGGCUGUGGAGCUACUACAAGACCCUAACAGAGUGCAUAUGGAAACAGAGGACCUGUCUGGAAUUCAGCUCUACCCUGUUGAGAUGGUCAUGUUGGAGGACACUCUCAAUGGCCAAGGCAGUGAAGGACAAACCACACCCAAGUGGGACACUCCCGAAGGUGGCUUUGAGUUCCAGAAGAAACGAGAGUUGAUUCUAGAGAGGGCCAGGCUGGAGGCCCAGCUUGCAUGCCAACAAUAUGAGACACAUAUGUCCAACCAGGGAGAAGACAGAGUUCCAGGCAGCGGUCCCACGUUUACCACCCCUGCCUUUGGGCUGAAGCCCCGUUCUGCCCCCGCCUCACUGCCCUGCUCGCCCCCGCUCUGUCUCCGCCCCCUCCUCACACAGGCCCUGUCCAUCGAUAGAGACACUCCCCCUAGACCAGGCGAUGGAGGCAUGCACAGCAGUGUAUUCCUGAGGACCCAUAAGAGCCUGGAGUCUGUUGACCCUCAGUUCACCAUGAGGAGGAAGAUGGAACAGCUGAGAGAAGAGCUGGAGCUGAUGGAACAACUCAGAGACAGCAUAGAAAGCAGACUGAAGGUGGCUCUUCCUGAAGACCUAGGCUCCUCCCUCAUGGACGGGGUGGUGCUAUGCCAUCUGGCCAAUCACAUUCGCCCACGCUCCGUGGUCAGCAUCCAUGUGCCCUCGCCUGCUGUGCCCAAACUCAGCAUGGCCAAAUGUCGGAGGAACGUAGAGAACUUCCUGGAUGCCUGUAGGAAAAUGGGUGUUCCUGAGGAUAAGCUGUGUUUGCCUCAUCACAUACUAGAGGAGAAGGGUAUGAUCAAGGUGAGUGUGACGGUCCAGGCGCUGGUGGAUGAGACCUCAACCAAGCAGGCUCUCUUCACGUGAGAGGGAAGGAGACCAACAUAUAGACAGACACACACCACUUAGUCUGGGGUUCAUUUAGUCAAAGUGACGAACACCGUUGCCAUUGUACCUCCUGAAAUAGCCUUUUCCAAGGGGCUGUAGCCUGUAUCAGUCUUCCUUUCGUGAUUCUUACAACCAUGGUUUCAAGUUAUAAUGUGAUGCAUGGGGUGUCCGAAAACACAGUAGUGGGCUGUACUAAUGUGGAUAUUCGAAGCUGACAGAGGUGUCCACAUGGAUGGUUUUUAAUUCUUACAGGAGUUGGUUUGUUAUGGGAGCCUCCAGUACCCUUGGACACUCCUGUAGCUUGAACCCUGCCUACAACAACUUAUAGCAUGCUGCACUGUGUAUGAUUGACUAUGCAUUUCAUGGGCUGUCAGUUUCUACCCCUCUAUUUCUAAGGCCAGGUAUUAUCACCCUCACUAAUUUCAGACUAGACACCUAACACUCCAACAUAGCGGUCGCUCUGCUACAGCUUCCCUAUUUAAAGAUAUUUAUAAUAAAUAUGGCCACGUGGUUGAGAGUUGUAUCCAUUGAAAAUAAUCCCCCCAAAUAUUUUUCUCUAAUAGCUAAUAUAUUUUAGGUAUAGUUCUGUAUACUGUAUGUUUUACUUUGAAUUUGUCUCUCACCUCAUCUGUAGAGGUUGAAAUGUUGUCCUAAGAUUGUGGGAACCUGGUGUUUAUGAAUUGGAAUCUGUGGGUAUGUAACUCAGGGAGGAGGUUGUAGGCUUACCACACUGUUAUGAUCCAUUCCCUAGACUGCUUAUUUGUCAAUGGUAUUACUUGCGUGUGGUGUGUGUGUGACUGCAUGAGUGAGAGACAGAAGAAAAGCGUUAGAUGGAAUGAAAAAGCGCAAAUGAAUGGGUUUGUAUGUGCUAGUACAUUCUAUACUGCUAAAUAGCCUUGAAGUGUCUGGUGAUGAAUGAAUGGGUUUGUAUGUGCUAGUACAUUCUAUACUGCUAAAUAGCCUUGAAGUGUCUGGUGAUGCUGACCAUGUCAGGUGGUCAUGUAGGACCAGCAAAGUAACUGAAAUGCAUUCACUGGUUUAGAGACACUGUUGGCAGCAUCUGAAGAGUAGUGCUUGAGUGCCCAAUAUCCUACUACUACACAAACAGCAGAACACUCCAAUAUAAGCAUACUAGGGUGUGUGUGUGAGUGGUGUUUUUUUUAUUGUACAGAUAUAAUGCAUUUUCUACAGCUUGGUAUCCAAAGCUUAAGCUUAGCAGUAAAAUCAAACACAAUGUUUCACUGGAUAGAUUUGACAGUUGCCAAAACAACUAAACAGUUUUUUUUCAGAGCCACUUAUGAUCUAAUGUCUUUAGUAUGGUAAUAUCUUUUUUAUGAGAAGUGGUGAUGUGAAGCUGUAAUGUGAUGAUGGUUUGUGCAAGUGGGUUUCGUAUUUAGAAAGUAUUUCUAACAUUAUUAAUAGUAUUUCUUUUAAAUAUUUUAGUUAAACUAACAGUCACUGCCAUACAUAAACAGCCACACUUCUCAGGCAAAGUGACCAAUCUCUUAAAAUCAGGAUCUGGAGUGAUCUUGUUAACAUGGCUAUAAUGCAAAGUAAUCAUAUUUACAACAGUACGACAAUUCAUGUACAGCUAACUGCCAAAACCGCUUCAAUACACUUAAUGCGCCUUGGCUGGAACUCUUGGAGGGAUGCAAUGCCAUUCUUCCACAAUUUGGUGUUUUGUUGAUGGUGGUGGAAAACGUUGUCUCAGUCGCCUCUCCAGGAUCUCCCAUAAGUGUUCAAUUGAGUUGAGAUCUGGUGACUGACACACGCACACACACACUUAAAAUGAUGGGCAACUGGGAAUUUUUCUACAUACAUGACCCUAAGCAGGAUGAGAUGUCUUAAUUGCUUAAUUAACUCAGGAAUCACACCUGUGUCGAAGCACCUGCUUUCAAUAUACUUUGUAUCCCUAAUUUACUCACGUGUUUCCUUUAUUUGAUCAAUUAUCUGUAUAUAUUGUAGCUUAUAUUUAAAAUAAUUCACAAUGCAUAAAAAAUAUUUUUUUAAAUAUGCACAUUAAUGCUACUUUAAUACUCAAAGUAAUUUCCUUUCCACUUAGCUAAAUAUAACUACUAACGGGUAAAAAUAUCAGUAAACCCUUCUCCCAGUUCUAACGUUUUCUUCAAUAUUUUUAUGAUCGACCAGAGAGAUGUGGAGACUGAAGGGAAAUGUGACAGGUAUAUUUGUUAAGAGAACGUUGCUGUGUAGUUUGUUUCACUUUUAGUCAUUAUGGAGGUUUGGGCCAUGUGCUGCAAACCUUUUUAGAAACUUAACGAGAGGACUUUACAUGAAAAGAGAUCAUUACUUUACUAUUCAUUGAUUAGUCAUUCAAUCCUUUUGACCUUUUGGGAGGUUGAUGUUUGUCAUGAAUCUUGCCCUGGAGACAGAAUUAAGGAUGUAUGCUAGAUGGGCCAGCUGCAAAGUCAAAGUUGGCUAUAUUGAAAAAAUUCAGAGGUUUUUAAAUGUAUGGUUGGGCAUUAGGGUUAGCAGUGUGGUUAUGGUUCAAAUCUGAUAUGACUUUGUGGCUGUGCCAGCUAGUGACCACUCUGCAGAGCUGCCUGCAGGGCAAGAUUCAUUACAAUAAAUGCCAACCUGCCUUUGGGAGUGGCUGUAUGGCUGCCUACAGGCCUGAAAUGAUCUGCACUUUAAAAAUAAGUAUUUAUAGUUGUUUGUUUUGGCAACUAACAAAUCUGAGCUCCAUUUUGAUUUAGAAAUGUGUAUAUGGCAUAAUAUGAAAUGAAUUUGAACUAUAUCAUUGUGAGAAAUGUUAUAACCACAGUGUAACUGUUGACUGCUGAGUGUUGAGCAGUUGUUUUCUACCUUUCUCUGUACAUAGUCCUGAAAGCUUGUACUCAGUUUUGUACUUAUGAUUGGGAGGACAUUUAUUUUAAAGUGAUGUUUUUUUGUAUGUUUUUUUUGUUGCAUUUUGAUGUACCAUAUACAAUUUUGUACCUUUUGUCAAAUUGGUGUAUUUGUUGUACAGCAAUUUGGAUUUGAUUGCAUGAAACAUCCCUUUAACGUCACCGUAACUGCUGUGAAUACUGUAUAUAUUUCUCAUCACUUUGAGUAAAGACCUUAUCUGAAAAAAA